AAAUUAAUGCGACUGCCCGCAAUAUAAUACCUUCGUUUUUUUUAACAAGAAACUAUUAUAUUUCGCAUACUGCAUGAAGAGUGAUUGUUAUCGAUACACCUGACUGAACUUGCAUGUGUCCCCUUAUUCCGGCACGCAAUUGAAUUGUGGUGUUGCUUUCUUACUCUACAAAUAUGCAAACUUUACGCGAAUUUACGCGUAAGACCAAACGCGGGAACAUAUUAAAGAUUGUUAGAGAGCACUAUCUACGCGAUGACAUUGGUUGCGGCUCAGACCUGUGUCAGUAUUGCUUUCAAAACGAGGUCUACCAAUUGACAUCGAGUCACGAAAUUAAGAGCAGCCUCUUUAAAUUUCCACACUAUAUUGUUUUGGAUACCAACGUGGUUCUGGAUCAAAUCGAUGUGCUUGAGGAGGAUGUGCUGCACAAUGUAAUCGUACUAAACACGGUGCUGAAUGAAGUGAAGCACAAGAGCUCAUCCAUUUAUAAGCGUCUCAAUGAGAUUAUUCACGAUCGCACGCGCAAUUUUUAUGUGUUUGUCAAUGAACAUCACAAGGACACCUAUGCCGAUCGUGAACCAGACGAGAGCGCCAACGAUCGCAAUGAUCGCGCCAUACGCAUGGCUACCAAAUGGUACGACUCCCAUCUACAAACCUCGCAAGACUCGAAAGUGUUCCAGCGUAGUGGACGCACUGUCACACGUGUUAUACUCCUAACCGACGAUGCUGGGAAUCGUGCUAAAGCUGUGUCUGAGGGCAUUUUAGUAGCUACUGCUACAGACUAUGUUAAAUCGCUGGAAGACUUUCCUUUGCUGGUCGAUAAGUUGUCUCACAAGACAUUUCAAAAUGAGAAACAAGCUCUGCCCCAAUAUCCACCGCAUUUAAGUAUGAAAGAGAUACUCGACGGACUGCGCCACAAGAAGCUGCUACAAGGUGCCUUCCAGGCAUCUAGGGAGAAUUAUCUCGAAGGCAGUGUCAAUGUGGAGAGCUAUCAGAAAGAUAUUUUGAUACAAGGACGCAACUCCCUUAAUCGAGCUGUGGAUGGGGACAUUGUUGCUGUCGAACUAUUGCCUGAAAGCCAAUGGUCAGCGCCUAGUGAGAUAGUGCUGGAGGAGAAGAAUGUCUACGCUGAUGAUGUGCCCAGUGAAGAGCGAGUGGAAGACGAGAAGGAAAUGCUGCAGCAAUUGCAAGCUGCACCAGUUGCAGAGCGCACUCCCACUGGUCGCAUCGUUGGUAUUGUACGCCGUAAGUGGCGUCAGUAUUGUGGCAUUUUACAGCCCAGUCUGAUCGAAGAUACGACGCGGCAUAUUUUUGUACCCGCCGAUCGCAAGAUUCCGCGCAUACGCAUCGAAACGCGCCAGGCAGACAAGCUGCUGAACCAACGCAUCAUUGUUACCAUUGACAGUUGGCCGAGAAACUCGCGCUAUCCGCAUGGGCACUUCGUUCGUUCUCUGGGACCUCUGGGCAACAUGGCCACUGAGAAUGAGGUGAUCUUGCUGGAGCAUGAUGUACCUCACUGCAAGUUCUCUGAAGAGGUUCUCAGUUUCUUGCCCAAGAUGCCGUGGACUAUUACUGAGGAAGACUAUGCCAAGCGCGUAGACUUACGCGAUUUGUAUAUUUGUUCUGUAGAUCCACCAGGUUGUACGGACAUUGAUGAUGCUCUUCAUUGCCGCGAGCUGCCUAACGGCAAUUUGGAGGUGGGUGUGCAUAUUGCCGAUGUGAGUCAUUUCAUACGACCAGGCAAUGCAUUGGACAAAGAAGCUGCCGCGCGUGGCACAACAGUUUAUUUGGUUGGAAAGCGCAUCGACAUGGUGCCGGAGCUAUUAAGCUCCAACCUUUGCUCACUGGUCGGCGGCGUGGAACGCUUUGCUUUCUCCGUUGUUUGGGAAGUAGAUCAUGAUGCGAAUAUUUUGUCUAAACGUUUUCACAAGAGUGUCAUCAAGUCUAAGCGUGCCAUGACCUAUGAGGAGGCACAGGCAAUUAUCGAUGAUGUUACUCAGACGGGCGAAAUCGCCAAAUCGCUGCGUUACCUCAACCAACUGGCCAAAAUAUUAAAAAAGCGGCGAAUGGACAAUGGUGCAUUGGUUUUAGCUUCGCCUGAGAUUCGCUUUCAAGUGGAUAGUGAAACACAUGAGCCGCUUGAGGUUGAAGCCAAGCAAAUGCGCGACACCAACUCAAUGGUCGAGGAGUUCAUGUUGUUGGCUAAUAUAAGCGUGGCUCAGCAUAUUGCUGCAGAAUUCACAGAGUGUGCAGUUUUACGUCGUCACCCUAAGCCACCAAUGACCAAUUUCGAUCCACUAAUAAAGGCCGCGCGUUAUCAGGGCUUCGAGGUGGUCACGGACACCGGGUUAGAGCUAGCACAUUCACUGGAUAGAUGCGUCAAGGCGGAUAACCCCUAUUUUAAUACGAUGAUACGCAUCUUAACCACACGAUGCAUGAUGCAGGCCGUGUAUUUCAUAAGUGGUAGCCUGCAAAAGGAAGAGUUCUUCCAUUAUGGCCUGGCCGCGGAUAUUUACACACAUUUCACCUCGCCCAUUCGUCGGUAUUCGGAUAUAAUGGUUCAUCGCUUGUUGGCAGCUUCUAUAGGUGCAGACAGCACUUAUGCCCAGUUGCUAGAGCGCAAGUCCAAUGAAGAGAUUUGCAACAAUUUGAAUUACCGCCAUAAAAUGGCGCAAUACGCUGGGCGCGCGUCUGUUGCUCUUAAUACACAUCUGUUCUUCCGUGACAAGGAGGAGGAUGAGGAAGGUUACGUAUUGUUCGUGCGGAAGAAUGCUUUGCAGGUGCUUAUACCCAAAUACGGAUUGGAGGGUACACUGUAUCUGAAAAGCGAUAAGGAUGGCAAAGACGGCUUGGAGCGUGCCAAGAGCGAAAUUAUAUUCACAUUCAAUGAGGAAGACCACACGCAACGAUGUGGCAAUGUGAUAUUCCACUCCUUUGAUCCCCUCACAGUUAGAUUGAGUUUAGACUCGACCAACGUGCAGCAUGAGAAACUGGUGUUCAAGCUGGUGAAACCAUACAUCAAGGGUUUCAGUGUAGAAACCACAACGGAAGCGGUUACCUCAGCUAAUGCACAGCCACCAGCCAAGAAAUCUAAAAAAGAUAAAAAGAAGAAAUAAACGAUGAA